AUGCGUCUUAUUGACCUGUUACCCAGCAAGACCGAUCUUGAAAAGAAAAUAGAGAUAGCCACAUUUUUUAGCCGAACGCAACAUCUUUUUAUCAGACUAGAAGCGCUUGUGAAGUGGUCUAACAGUGCAUCGAAAGUUGAUAAGUGUGAGAAAAUUUCCAACUUCCUGGAGGAACAAAGCUUUUUCUUGAUUAGCACAGCUAACGCACUCUCUAGGCUUCUAAGAGAGACGCUUGUUGGUGCUAGGUUGCCACCGUUUUCUGUACUUCUCGCAAUUGAUAUUUUUACGAACAAAGGCUAUACUCGUCUUCCGAAAUCAAUUAAAAAUUGUGCCCUUGUCGAAGAUUCAAUAUCUGAUAAGGAACGGAAACAGGCACUGAUUGAUUUAAACUGCAUAAUCCAGAAUCGCCUAAGCCUAACACAACUACCUCAUCAGUUUCGAACAAUUAAAAUAGCUGAGGGACGUGCACAAUUCUUUGUUCCAAACGAGUUCACUGUCACUGUAACACUGAUGUCGGAGGCUAUGGACUUUCCAUGGAGAAUAUUAGACAUCAAGUUUUUACUAAAAGAUCCAUCUAUGAGUUAUCAAAAUCUCGUUCAUCCUGCUCAAACGAGGCUUAUAAUUAACCAAGCCCAAUCUCGUCUUCUAUACCGGCAGUUUGAUAAGCGUCCACCUCUUGUUCACCUGUAUGAUAUGUUGCAUGCUUUCAGUUUAUCACUUCAGUUGGAUUUGUUACACGAACAGGCACAACGGGCACGUUCAAAACGAUCAGCGGACCAACUCACAGUAGAGGCCUAUAGGCCUAGUAGGUGUUUGUCGAUUUCUUAUUGGCAUGGUUUAGCCAGAACUCAGUAUAAUUCAGUUAUGAGUUUAGAUGGAAAACUACAUCCUACAGCCUAUUUACUUACAAUCCAUGUUGAUCCGACAGAUCCUCAGCGUCCUCUUUGUGUGAGUCAUCGUCCUGAGCUUAAUACUUCUAAGUCUGAAUUAGUUGGAGCUACAGUGCAGGGAAGUUGUCUUUCUAUUGAAACACUACUGACGCGAACAAUGGUAGCUCGUGCUGAACAAAUGCUACAGGAUUUGAGACAGAAAUUGCUCAUUCUCAGUCCUGGACCUGUACACUUGGCUGAUGCUCCAUUGUGUCUGUAUGUACCACUUUUAUGGCCUUGUGGUUCACAUGAAUUGCUGCAAGUUCGCAUAGACCCCGUACAGGGUUUUAUAUGUGCUUUGUUUCCACUACUAACUUCACUUGAUACCGAAUUCGGAGCUAUUGGAUCAGCAAUCAAUGUUCCUCCUGGUCCUACUGGGAUUUCCGAAAAUUUCUCCCGCUCCAGUGUGAUAAACACUCUUAGUUCAUUGGAAUCUGCCUUCAAUCAGGCCUCUUCCCAUCGUGUUCGCCUUGUUUCUACCUCGGGAACCUUAGUUCAGCCUCACGAAAAUGAUCGUAUUUGUUCAAUCCAGUCCCGAAGUUUGCGUAAUCUAUCACAUGGGGAUGCUCGUUGGCGUUCUAUAAUUUGUAAUUGCUUGGAACAUUUGCGGUUGUGCUUGGGCUUAGCUCGAUUGAUGCAAACCGCAAAAAUACAUAGGCCAUUUUGGCAACCGUUUAGACGUCAUCUUCCCUUGAUAUUAUCACCCGCACAAGUCGCACUGUCAAAUUCAUGCUCUGAAAUGCUAGUUCGAUUGCAACAAUCUUUUCGUUGGCCUAUUAUUUUUGCACAGUUGUUUCCAAUAACGAAUACUAUGUAG